AUGAGAAGGCCGCUAUUUUACUUUGCUAUCUUCGUAACCUUCCUAUCAUUCCUUGCCACAUCUUUAGCUGCCUCACCGACAUCAUUUUGCAAAUGUACCUGCUUCGGCAACAGCACCAUUGUUGCCCUCGACGCACCCUCCGCUAAGAAACCCUCGAAAUCCCCACUCGAAUCUCGCGCAAAUAAGAAGUCAUGUAACGACUGUAACCGGCAGUUUUGCCUCGGUUAUAAUUUCUGCGCUGGCGAGAAGGAAGAGAACGUCCUUACCACCUGUUUUCAGAGAGACUCAGCCAAGGACCAGGCCGUUGUGUUCAUUUUCAUUGGGGCGACGGUGGGACUCUUGGGGUGGGCGGGGGUUAGGCCAUGGGUUGAGGGAUGGAGAGAGAAAGUUAGAGAGCGGCGGACGUACAUCCCGGUCUCGGGGCAAGGGGACAGAUAA